UCGCCAGCGCAUGGGAGACAGACGCUGUGAGCGGACCGAGGAUUUUUGGGAAUACUCGCUGAUGAGGAAGCAACAACAAAGGGAGAAGAUGGAAUAAAGAAAAAACAAAACAAAGGGCACCUUAUUGCUUUUGUGAGCGCCUAACACUUCUGUUUGGACCAUCCCACAAGCAGAGCACCAGUGAAAACACAUACAUAUGAUAUAUAUAUAAAAUUCCUAUACAUAUAUAUCAAAUUAUGCCUGUUUUCAAAGAAGCUUCAGCUGGACGACUGAAUUGACAUCAAAAGGCAUCAAUUUGGAGAUAAUAUGCAGCAUCUGUAUAGAAACUGUUGCAUAUUAAAUCUUUGAUUUUUUUUUUCUUUUUUUGUUUUUUUUUCAAUAGGGGGAAAAAGGGGAAAAAAUAGAAAAAUUUUAAAAUUGGAGUCAGAGUAACCGAUGCAAGAUUAUCUCUAAAGUGCUUUUGCUGUGCUUUGUCCCGCAUUCCCAUAAGGGUUUCUUUUGAAAACAGGAUCUUUUUUGAUCUGCCCUUGGUGCCACACUGCCAUUCAGCUGUCGCAUCUCCACUUGUCUCUGUCCUCCAUGCAGGCUGGGAUAGCUUUGUUCCAGCCAGACUCAUGCAAGCGCUCUGCUGAAAGUGCAUAGGGCAGUCCAGGGGCUCCUUGACCCCAAGUUGGUAUUUCCUUUGCAGCGGCUAAACAAAAUCCUACUGGGUCAGAGAAGAAAGGGUGAGGGUAGACCUAAGAAGCUGAAAGUCGAGAGUGGUGUCCUGUGUCUGUCAGAGACCCUUGGAUCCAGGGAGAGGAGGGGUCUCAGUGGAGCAACAGCAGCAGCAUCAGCCCUGCGCACACUGAGUGCAAAAAAAGCCAUUGGACUCCUGUGUGUGCCACUUAAAAGCUCCAGACUGAUACUAACGGUGUUCUUUCAUCAGGGAAUUAAGCUGUUUGUGGAUGUGCGCAUGUGGAAGGAUGGAUGUGCAUGAUUGAGAGAUAACAAGCCUCAGGUGCACUUCUGGACUGUUUUCACCACAAGAUUCUAGCUUUACGAGAGCCUGGAGUGAUGCUCUAAAGACAUUUCACAGCUGCUGUUACCUGUUGGUUAUUGUGCUGAAAAUAGAAAACCGCAGAUUAGCUAAGAAAGACGCCUGCAGUUGAACGACUGAAAGCCACACUUUUCAGAGAGAAAAGUUUUCCGAAGUGGACUACAGUGACAUGGCGAAUGCAAAAAUAAAAAAGCUUCUUUUCAGCAGUGACAUUGAGAGUAGCAGGAGCAUAGAUGCAAGUUAAGAUCUGUGAAGGACUUUUUUUUUCUUUUGGACACCAGAACCUAUCUGACUUCAAUGCUGAGGUGUUAUCCACUCAGGAAUAUGAGUCUAUCUUUGGAGUGAAAAAUCUUACAUGUGGGAACCUUUUGCUAACUGCAGGUUUGGAUUCGCUUUGUCCACCAGCACCAUUGGGAACCUACAUUUCUCACUUUUCACAGAUUAUUCAAGCACUCUGUGGUGCUGAAAAUGCCAGGGGCAAGUUCAUUCAUAGGUAAUUCGUCCUCCUAAAUUGGAUCCUCCUAUCCAAGAGUCUGGAUUUGUCUAAAACCACCGUUGCUGUGUGCUGUAGACUUGAAUGGCUUCAUAAAAGGAGCUUGUUGGUCUUCCAAAACCUCUCCCUUAACUGAACUGAGAAGCUGAAAUAACUCAGAGUAAGUCCAGCAUGGCAUCUCCAGUUUGUUCACUCUUGUUGAACUUUUCAUUGGCCAUGUUACUGGGUCUGACCAACCUGAGCAGACUGAACUCAUGGCCAUCAGGUCAAGUCUUAGCACAAAUAUCUUCAAACAACCAGACCACAGAAUCAUCUGUGGUACCAGAGGCAGCACUGGCAACACCAACACCAGAUCCAGGGCAACAAACAGACUCAAGCAAUGGGAACCGCUGCUGGGGGUACUACGACGUCAUGGGCCAGUGGGACCCACCAUUUAACUGUAACGCAGGCAUCUACCUGUUCUGUUGUGGUUCUUGCUUCUACCGCUUCUGCUGCCAGUUCAGAAUCCACAGUUUGGACCAGAGCUCCUGCUCCAACUAUGACACACCUGUGUGGGCAAACACCGGGAAACCUGGGAUACCUGUCACAGAGGUUCAUCAGGAACCAGACCGGGAUCGGACCCACAUGAUUGUUUAUAUUAUCUGUGGUGUGGUGGCCAUCAUGGUGCUGGUGGGAAUUUUCACAAAGCUGGGACUGGAAAAGAGUCAAGGAGGUCAAACUGACAUGACAAACUCAAGAACUCUGACAGAGCUUCUGAAGCAGCCAGGGGAGGCAGGAGUGGUGGAUGGAGCUGGAGUUCAUCAUCCUAUUGGGACGAACGGCAUCACUGCAAGAGCAAUGCGCUCCAACAACGAUCACAAUCACCUGAACAAUGCAGCUUUAUCCCCCCUGGGACCGGCCAUGGCCUUGUCUCACCCUCACAACAACCUGGGAAUUGGUUUCAAUAAGUACACCUCGCUCAAGGCUGUGGACACAGGUGUAAGAGACUACUACAAGAGCUAUCCGAUGGUAGAUUACACCCACCGCCAGUCUCCUCCAACUUUCCAACCAAUCAACUUCCACCCCAAGGACAAGCCCUUCCUCCCACCUCCAGAUGUCCAUGCACCUCUGGCCAUAACCAUCAACGCCUCCCAGAUGCCCAAACCUAAGAUUUCCAAAACCAACACACACCCGCUCACCUCCAGCUCGGCCUUCAAAGCCUGGGACCCAAGUAAGAGCCACAUCCCGCACCCGACAGCCACCCACAUGAGUAUCGGCGCGCAGCAGCACCAUCCCAUCCAGCAGCAGCACCACCAGCCGCUGCACCAGCAGAACAGCCGGCGUCAGGCCUACUCCCACAAGCGGCAGUUCAGCAUCGAGACGUUGCCAGAGCUCUUCUCACAGCCGUUGGGCUACGGCCACUCACCACACAUGCACCCCAAGCACAAGGGACUGGCCACCAACAGCAAGACAGAGGUGACAGUGUGAAGGAACAGAGAGGGCGAAUAGGCAAAGACAUGGAGUUCAUCCUGAAAGGGAUGUGCUUUGAUAUCCUUAAUAUCCACAGCUUUGGUGUUGUGGAGGAGCAAACAAAUAUCACAUCUGGGAUUUUUAGUAACUGCAUUUUCCUCACUGUUUUUAGCAAGAACUGAAAAAAACAGCAUCUGUGUGUGGUAUUUGUAUAUUUCUAAGACCACUGGAUCGAACCCCAAGCGGAUAAGCUGUGAAGGUGACGGAGCAGCAGGUGACAUUUCUGACCCUUUGAACAUGGCAGCUUUUCUAAAUAAUUGAGUGGCCUCUCAGUGUGUUGACACACAUCUCUGCAUUGUCUCCUCCUGCAUCUCUGCAACCUUCUGCUCCCCUCUGUAGCACCUUUCCACCAUGCCCAAAUAGUCAAACUCCACACAGAGACUUUAUUUACCCCAGAAUCCCUUUUUCCCGUGAAAUUCCUCGGCCUCUCAUCAGCUGAAAGAAUAUCAUUGUGUUGUCAGCUCUCUUUGCCCUGCGGUUUUCUGAAGAGUGAGAUAUCAGCCUUGCGAUUCAUACCAGAGAGGAGGGUGAGGGUUUGUGGGAAGUGUUUGUCUCAAUCUAGAGGCAAACGCAAUGAGAAUGAUCCAAACCACGUGCAGACUCCCACAUGCAUACAUGUACACAGUCGUCAAAUAUUUUCUGCAAUGUCAAAAAGCCUGCAGACUCCACUUCCAUUCCCCCCCGGAGACAAACAGAAACACAAUUUUCUCUCAAAACACUAAUUCUCUGAGACUUGUGAAAUGAAUCGGUGAGCUGUCUUAUUGUGUGCAGGGACUUGAUGAAAUGUCUCCUAAGCUGAGGAUGUUUAUAGCUGCAAAAGAAGCUACUGAUGCUUGAAAAUUUGACAGAAAAGUUCAAUUUGUCGAGCAGGAUCAUUGUGAAGUUCCCUGGUGUAGCUUGUGCCAGUGUUUCUUUAUUGAUUGAAUACCUCCUCUGAGAUACAUCUUGCUUUUUUCAGCUCUAUGCAAGCGUAGUAGUCGUCAGAAGUAUUUAUAUCCUUUGAGGUUUUCAUUUUUUCUUAGCGGUAACGCUAUUCUUUUUCACUGGGAUUUCCUGUGUCAGACCAACUAGGGCAUCACUGAAGGAAAUCGGAAGGAAAGGGAUUGAUGUUUAUUUUUUUUAAACCAAAAAUAGGAAUCUAAGAAAUAUGGUUUCCCUCCAGAUUCACCCUCUUAACAACUCUUAACAAAAUCCAGUGCAACCAACUGCCCUCAGAAAUCAAUCACUAAUUUCCACCUAUAUGUUUUUUAUGUUGUUCUAGCAUAUGAAAUUACAAAAAAAAAGCAUAUUGAUGCUUUAAAAGCUCAAGGGGUGUGAAUACUUUCUUCAAGGCUCUGCAAACACCGGCUUCCAGAUAGAUUAUUACCAACAUGCAGGGUUUCUGAGUGUAAGGAGAGAAAGCCCUGAUGCAUACAAAAACACCUUUACAAGGGAUGCCUGAGUGGAGCCGUUUGAUGCGAGUGUUUAGUGCUGCUGCUUGCGCUGCAGUUUGCUUCACUCCCUCUUAAUGAAGUGUCUCAGCACUACAAGUGAAUGACUGCUAGCACUUAAACAAAUCACUAAUGUAAUUCAUGCCUUGGACGCAUACAGCUUACACAUCAAGAGAGCAGCUUGGUCUGAGGCUAUGCUUUCAUCCAAAUAGAGGAGCAAAACAGAAGAACUUUUUAUCCAUACUAAUGCCUAUCCAGCAAUUUAGAUGU